UCUCUCACAAGCUGCGCAGGCCAACGGCAGCACUCUCUGCCUUGCGGUCUCCUCCCUCCUACUGGCUUUGCCAGCCCUCCUGCCCCCGCCAUGGGAAACGAGGCCAGUUAUCAUUCCGAGAUGGGCAACAACUUCGACCAGGAUGAAAUUAAAAAGCUGUGGAAAAGCUUCAGGAAGAUGGACUUGGACAAAUCGGGUUCCCUGAGCACAGAAGAGUUUAUGUCGCUGCCUGAGCUGCAGCAGAACCCACUGGUGAGUCGAGUUAUCGACAUCUUCGACACGGACGGCAACGGGGAAGUGGACUUCCACGAGUUCAUCAUGGGCACCUCGCAGUUCAGCGUCAAGGGCGACGAAGAGCAGAAGCUAAGGUUCGCCUUCCGUAUCUAUGACAUAGACAAAGAUGGCUACAUCUCCAACGGGGAGCUCUUCCAGGUGCUGAAGAUGAUGGUGGGUAACAACCUCAAGGACUGGCAGCUGCAGCAGCUGGUGGACAAAACCAUCAUGGUCCAUGAUCAGGACGGCGAUGGCCGGAUCUCCUUUCAGGAGUUCUGUGACGUGGUCAGAAGUAUGGAGAUACACAAGAAGUUGGUCGUGUUUGUAGAACACGGUCAAGAAGACUAAAAGCUUAAACGUAAGAAAAUGUACAUCUUUGCCUUUCUCCCUCAAGGCUGUGUAUAUGGGAGAAGACUGCGACUUUCGUGGCGUCUUAGGAACACUUUCCAUUUACUUGUGGCAUUCAGACUUUUGACAAAUUGUUAACUUCCUGUUGUAACCAGCAAAAAAUAUAUAUAUUUAUCUUUGCUUAGCA